AUGAACCAUCCACCUUUGUCUUUUUCCGUGGAUCUGUAUCGAAACUCGUCCAUUUCUAACACUACUCCAACUUAUGACUUUAGGAGGUGCAACACUGAUGCAGUCUUCGCCUGGAUCCAGGAUUUGCCCUACCCAGCAAUUUCUCCUUCUCAGGCUGAGCAGUGCUUUACGGACUUCUGCAGCGGUUUUGCUGACAUAAUUAAAUACAACUCCCCAAUGAAGUCAUUAAAAAAAUCUACCUUUCCAAAAUGGUUCAGUGCUGAGCUUAGGCACAUGGUUAUUAGGAAGAAAAAAGCUCAUAGGCAUUUCAAAGAAACGGGCGAGCCUUUCUUUUAUAAUGAAUUCAGAUUGCUUAGGGACCAAUGCAAGAGGUUGGCCAAUGGGUGUUACCACAACUACAUCAAUUUCUUAGAAUCCACCAUUCCGAAAAACAUAAAGGUGUUUUGGUCCUACAUAAAAAAUCUGAAGUCCACAACACCACCCUCUCAUUUAAAAUAUAAAAAUGUAGAGGCAGAGGACCCCAGUCUCCAAUGUGAACUUUUCGCUGAUUUUUUCUCAUCAGUGUACUCUAAUACAGUGCUGCCUGGUUACUCGUUCGAUUUUGGUACCAACUUGAAUGUAAGUAGUUUAACUUUUACUGCCCAGCAAGUGGAAAGGAAACUUAAUACUCUUGAUCCAAACAAAGGUAUGGGACCAGAUUCAAUACCAGCAGCAGUUUUGAGGUACUGUAGCUCAGUUUUAGCUCCACAUCUCUCGACUUACUUUAACUUGUUACUUGCCAAUGGGACCUUUCCAGCAAACUUGAAGGUAAUAGUCGAUGAGCAGCAUGGUUUCCGCAGUGGAAAGUCAACAUCAACCAAUCUCAUUCUCCUUCAAAACUACAUAAUAUCCUCUUUCUCCAAUAAACAUCAAGUUGACUGUAUAAUGCUGGACUUCUCGAAAGCCUUUGAUAUGAUAAACCAUGGUCUCCUCAUUGCUAAACUUGAGGGUUAUGGAGUGGCUGGCUCUCUUCUUAAGUGGCUCUCUAGUUACUUAACUGAUCGGAAAAUGAUUGUUAGGUUUGCGGGUUCCUUCUCUGGGCCUUUUCCGGUGACAUCGGGUGUUCCUCAGGGCUCUCACCUAGCGCCUCUACUAUUCAAUUUGUUUAUCAAUGACAUAUAUAGUGUCAUUGCGUCUAAAUAUCUCAUGUUUGCUGAUGAUAUUAAACUUUUUCUGGAGGUGACAAGUUCGAGAGAUUGCGAGAGCCUUCAAGAAACCUUGGAGCGGAUUGAGGACUGGUGUUCGAGAAAUUCAAUGGACUUGAACGUCAAUAAGUGCUCAAUUCUUACCUACUCUAGGUCCAUCUCCAUUACCACCUUUGACUACAGACUCUCGGGCUUCCCACUAAGUAGAGUCAACAAAUGCAAGGACUUGGGUGUUGUUUUGAACUGCAACCUCAACCCAUGGGACCACAUAACUUACGUCUGCAAACAAAGCGAACUCUCUUGUGGGGUUUUUGUACAGAAUAUCCGAGCAAAUACAGGUCAGGGUCAUAAGGCUAAUUGGGGUGCAAACUUGGCUAUCAAUACCUUGACGUACCUGUCGAGUGUCUUCGGAUUUCCCUGGGGCUGCCCCUUCUUGAAAGAAGAAGAGGAGAUAGCUGAUCUCGUACUGCUGCACAAGAUAAUUAAUGGACUCAUUGACUGCCCGGAUCUCCUGUCU